ACAUACUCCUUAUGUAGUUACAGUUUGAGUUUCAGUCAUCAGAGCCAUCAAGGUGGUAGGUUUAAUUCCUUGGAAGCCUUGUCUUCCAGACAGAUUCUCUGCUGACUUUCCAUUGAUUUUUGCCCUACUCCAGAGCAUACUGAAACUGUGUUAUUUCUUUGGAGGCUUGACAACACUAGAUCUUUUUAUGCAUGGCUCCCUAAAAUGUCCCUAGGGAAUUGGGAGACUUCACUUUUGUUCCUAAAUCUGCCACUCCACAGCAUGCAUCUUACUUCCCUGUCUCUGAAAGUAAGAAGCUGUAUUUCUAGAUUGUUCCACAGACCUUUCAUUUUAUUUUAAAAAAUAACAACAAAACCUCACAGGCUCAGAUGCAGACAAGAAUGUGUCAGGUAGAUGUAGUGGAGGGUGAAUGGCCAAGAGAAGUUGCCAGAUAAGGUGAAAUAAGGCAAUACUGACAAUUUUACAAGGUAUGAAGUAUUAUUUUAUGUCAGGUGACAGCAUGUUAAGCAUGCUAAGUACAACCAAUUUUUCUUACCUCCAUUAAAUCAAUGGAAUCUUGUUUUGCUUAUGAUGUGUUGUAGAUAACUUUUUAUGGGUUUUUUUUAUGAGUGUCCUACUUCUUUUAAACUGGAAAGGACUGGGAAGAAACUUUGUUACGCGUAAGUUACUGAUGGAAUACAGUUCACAUUUAUUUGUGUUUUGAUAACCAAACCUAUCUGAAGUUUGUGGUGUCAAAAGAGAUUUGAUGGAAGUAUGCGAGUACUGUGGUAGCGCUUGUGUGCUUCCCUCGUCUUGGCUGGUGCAGUGACUUUUUCCAUCUGUUCUUCAUCCUGUGAAAAGUGAGGGGACACUUGCUGUGUGCGAGCUGCUUAUCGCGUUAGGACUGAAGUUAAAGCUAGCAGUCAUGUGAGUGGGGUAGAUUAGGGUCUGCUUAAUGACAACGGUAAAAUUACUUCUAAACUGUACAGGUCUGUUUACACUGGAGUGAGUUAAGUAUGUGCAUAGCUUAAAGGGAUAUUGUUGUGUUAAAGAAAUCUGAUUUGAAAACUAAUCCAGUGUUAUGUUUGUAACCUUAUGUCUUUUUCACUUAAAAAAGGAAAAAAUAAAUGCAACUUUAGCAGAAGAAGAGGAAGCACAAAACAAAGAGAUCAAAGCGGCCAUGUGAUGUGGAAACUGGUUUUCAUGGGGCUGGAGAUAAGGGGUGGGGAGAAUAGAAAAGCUGUUCAGGAGACUUUGAAGAGAUGAUUGGGUAUGGAAGAAGUCAGAGGAACACCCUGAAGCUUUUCUUCAUGGAAGCAUGAGAUGUGAUGGGAAAGGUUGCGGUGUCCUGGAGAGGAUGAGAGUGUGAGGUGUCUGGGGAGUGCCAGGAAAUUGAUAGGAAGGAUGAUGAGGUGCUAUUAAGCCUAAGUAAACAUACCUGGGAAAUGACUGUUAAUGAAGUGGCUUUCAGCAGAAUAGCAAAGGGGAAAAUCAGGCUGGAGAUGAAGGGAGGAAAUGUAGCAUGCUUUUUGUGUGAAGUAAUAAUUUGUAGCCUUGGACCACAGGCAACAGUACUGAUGAUUUGGUCAGAAGCACAAUACAUUUUGCUCCUCUUUUGACCUCAGUUUGAAAUCUUUAGUUCUUGGCCAAAUCAGAGAAUACAAAGAACUAAGUAAUAAUGGGAAGCAACUUUAGCAAUGUCUUACCUGCAAGCAAAGCUUUGGAAAUACUGGUGGGGUUCUGUAGAUUUUUGGAAACAGAGGUUGAGUGUUUAGAAAGGGGAGAGAAGAAGGGGAAAACUUAUCAGGAAAGCAAAGAGCCAGUAAGAAUCUUUCUUCCUAAGCAGAGGAAAGGGAUGCAAGAACACAAUUUGUGGAAGCGGAGGAAAGGGAAAGCAAAGAUGCAGUAGCGGGUGACUAAAGUAAAGGAGAUGGAGCUGGUUUGAAUUUAGAGGAUGGUAUACAUUUUUGAGCAUGUGGGUCAAGGAGGAUGAAAAGUAGAAUUGGAGCGGCCAGCAAAAUCAAUUUGAGGGGUGGAAAUCUAGUGGGACACGAUGAGUUCAGUGAGUAGUCCUGUGCUAAUCUUUGGAAGAUGAAAGUGAAAAAAGGAGAGGGGAAAAAAAAAUUCUUUUAAUAUCAGGGGUUGGAGGUAGAACUAGUGAUAAAUAAAAUAUAGGUCAAUUUUAUAGUUCCUGGCAGAUAGUAAACAUAGGCUAGAGUGAAAGACUGCUGCAAAGGAUGGAAUAUUUUUAGAAAAGGUGAGGAAAGAGAAAAAGCAAUGAAGACACCCAAGAGCAUAGGAGAGCAAUGAAGGCAGCUGAGAAGACAAAAAAACUAAAACACCCAACCAACCCGUGAGAUGGGAAGAAAAGUGAAAGAAGUGAGAGUUUGUGAGGAACAGGAGAUUGCCCAGUUGGGUGCUAUUAAAAUAAAGAAUUUGAAUAAAUAACCGUAUGGAACGAUUUAAAAAAUUGAGUUUUAAAAAUGCCAGAGCCAUUCUACAUAGCUUGGAAUAAAACCUGAUGACUUUCUAUGUGAAAAACCUCUUUUUCAGAGAUCCUUUUGCUGCACACCAUGAAUAUAUGCGGCGGAUGAUGAGGGGCUUUUCUGAUCCUUUUGGACGAGAUCCAUUUCUCAGUAUAACAGAUGGUGGGGAGAGAACAGUGGAUCGAAGAGCACACCAGGACUCUCGGGUUGCUCUAAGAGGAAAUCGCAGAGAUGCAGAUUUUGGGGAACCUUUUUUUGCAAUGGACAGGAUGAUGUCAAAUAUGAGAAACAGUAUGCUGGAAAUGCAACGAAAAUUUGAUGACCUGUCCUUCCAUCCAGAUGCACACACAUUCAGCUCCUCCUCUGUGAUGACAUACUCCAAAAUAGGGGAUGAACCACCAAAAGUUUUCCAAGCUUCAGCUCAGACACGCACAGCUCCAGGAGGUGUUAAGGAGACAAGAAAAGCACUUAAGGAUUCUGAAAGUGGAGUGGAAAAAAUGGCUAUUGGUCAUCAUAUUCAUGAUCGCGCCCAUGUAAUUAAAAAAUCAAAGAACAGCAAGACUGGUGAUGAAGAAAUGAACCAAGAAUUCAUCAACCUGGAUGAGGCUGAGGCCCAGACCUUUGAUGAAGAGUGGCAGAAAGAGAUUAUGAAGUUCAAGCCAUCUAGAACUAGAUGCAAUUUAGAAGCUCCAAAAUACAGAAGUAUCCAUCACAUACCCAAGGAAGAUGGAUUAAGAAGAGAGAAACCACUUGCAGUUGCAGGAUCUAGGGAGCCCAGAGCUUCUUUGGAGACUCUCAAUGUGAAAGGAACGCACGUCCCCAUCAAAAGCAGCAAAAAAUAAAUUGCUUCCAUUCUCCAUUUGAAUGGAAUUUCUUCAGAGAAGAUAAUGGUGCUGCAUUGCUUAUGUUCAUAUAAGUAUACACGUAUAUAUGACCAAUCUCUGUUUUUUGUUUUAGUAAGCAUUAGUGUGCCUUGCUACUUUGAUCUUUUGACAACUGAAUGUUCUUUAAAACUUCAGACCUUUGGUUAAACCAUCUAGUUUCAGUAAAUUAAAAAAACAAUGACUUUCCACUUAAAAGCACUUUAAUGGGUUAUUACUAAUUCUGUUUUUUAAAAAAAGCUUUGAUUUGCAAGAUUUUUCUGCUACAACUGCACCAGUCUCAGGCUUUUUAUUAAGUCUAGUAACGAAACUACUUUUUUCCCCACACUCUAACUUGCACAGAAAGUAAAUUCUCUUUUUAUUUUGUGUGGCUGAAAUAAGUAUUAAUUUUCUAGGUGAUAUAGCAAUUUGAACACUAUAGCCACUAUAUCUAUAUGUAUCUUUAAAAUCACACUGUAAAUUGUUGUAGAAUCCCCAGAUUCACCUUGACUUAACAUGAAGAAAAGCGAGAGGAAUACUGAAGUGAAAAAUACUCAAGUAAAUUUGAGUGUAUCAGCUUUCUUAUGUUCAUAAGCUGUGCUUGCAUCCCUUAUUUUCUGUGCCUAGACCGGCAAUUUUGUAUCUCUGAUCCUUGGUGUGUUUCCUUUGGAGUUGGCCCGUUUUUUUUCAUUCUUGAAGAUUCUCUGUAGUAGUUUUCAAUUAUUCUGUAAUAAUCCCACUGUGUCCUGAGAAACUCAGCUGUAACUUAGUUAUUACUCAAAAAUGUGGGAGAAAUUGGUUGAGUAGGCAGUAUUUUAACUGGGUAACAAACGAUUACACCAUUUCUUGUGUUCUAAAUAGCUAGAAGAGCCUUGCACACAGGAAACCAUUUCCCCCCUCAGCUGAGAUGUGUUUGUAUUCCUUUGUGUCCUGUUUUAGUGGAUGUAGAGUGGUCCUAAACCUAACGCUUGCUCUCCCUUGACGUUGUUGUUGUUUGGUUAGAGAGUCCGACGUUCUAGAGGAAUGCCAACUGUGCAACUGAGAACAGGAAAAGUCUUUGUAUGAGAAGUGUUAAGCUCGUAAGCUGUCUUGUUACGCAGACUUGAUCUCCGUGUUGUAGCAUAAGCAAUUUCUGUAGACCAUAAUGUUACAGCAUUAGCACUAGAGCAUCUAUUUCAAGGCUAAAAUGUUACAGUGUAGCCUUAAAAAAGGCACUAUUUAUAUGAUAAAAGAAAAUAGGUUUAGUACGUUAAGAUUAAUGUUGGUUUGGCCAAAAAGGAAAUGGCCUUUAAAUCAUAUCUUUCUGCAGAUUCCCCAGAUUAUUUAAUUCUAUGUCUAUUAAUGUGCAAAACCAAUCAAAAGUACUUUCAUUGAACUCUGACAAGGGGAAGACAGUUGUUUAUUUGGUUGUUUAACGCAAUGGUCUCUUCCUAUUACCAGAUCAAAUACUAGUGGCAGUAAGUUUAUGCUAUUGAACCAUUCUACAAGUGGUCAAGGUAAGUGGGUGGUAAGGGGGGGUAGCAACCUCUGACAGAAGGACAGGCUGCAAUGGUGUGAUUCUCUCAGCCAUGCUUGCCAGAAGUUGUCUGCCAGAACCCUGAAUCUAAAGGAUGUUUCUACUCUCCUUAAAGAGUGAGAGUACAGCUCCAGGGCCUGAUCUUC